AUGGAUAGUCUACAUUCACGUAAACUGCAAGAGGACAUGGACGCUCCGCCACCAUACGAAGCUGAGGUGUCCACUGCGCACCUCUGUAAGACCUUGGCGAAAUGCGUCCCUCCACCGCCAGUUCCGGUUUUGAAUAUUGUCAUCCAGGUCGUUGGGAGCCGAGGCGAUGUCCAGCCGUUCGUAGCUCUCGGACAAGAGUUGCGGCAACAUGGCCAUCGCGUACGCAUCGCAACGCACAACACAUUUGACAAGUUCGUGCGCGACUCUGGGCUGGAAUUCUACCCGAUCGGCGGCGAUCCGGCCGAGCUGAUGGCGUACAUGGUAAAGAAUCCAGGCCUCAUACCGAGCAUGAAGUCGCUCAAGGCCGGCGACAUUCAGCGGAAGCGCAGCAUGGUGGCCGAGAUGCUCGACGGCUGCUGGAGAUCCUGUAUCGAUGCCGACCCGACGACAGCGGCGCCCUUUGUUGCCGAUGCCAUAAUUGCAAACCCUCCCAGCUUUGCCCACAUCCACUGUGCGCAAGCACUAGGCGUCCCUGUACAGCUGAUGUUCACCAUGCCAUGGAGCAACACUCGAGCCUUUCCUCACCCGCUGGCAAGUAUUGUCACCAAGAACACUGCAGUUAAUCCUGAGAUCGUCAACUACAUAUCAUAUAGUGUCGUAGAAUGGAUGACAUGGCAAGGGCUUGGAGAUGUGAUUAAUGAAUGGCGCGCCAGCAUUGACCUGGAGCCCGUCCCGCUGUCUGAGGGUCCAGGUCUAGCCAGGACGCUUGAGAUACCAUUUACCUACUGCUGGUCUCCAGCAUUAGUUCCUAAGCCGGCAGAUUGGCCUUCCUAUAUUGAUGUCUGCGGCUUCUUCUUUCGCAGCCCGCCCGAGUAUAGUCCCGACCCGGAACUAGCAGACUUUCUGGCUAACGGCCCACCGCCCAUCUACAUCGGUUUCGGUAGCAUCGUAAUCGACGAACCCGACAGGCUUACCGCUAUGAUACUAAAAGCUGUAAGGGCCACUGGCGUUCGAGCUAUCAUCUCCAAGGGCUGGAGUGAUCUAGGCGGUCGUGGACAACUGCAGUUUCAGGACGAGAAUGUCAAUUACCUCGGCGAUUGUCCCCAUGAAUGGUUGUUCCAAAACGUUGCAGCUGUGGUGCACCACGGCGGCGCCGGGACUACUGCUUGUGGCCUUGUCAAUGGACGACCCACGUUCAUAGUCCCUUUCUUUGGAGAUCAACCAUUCUGGGGCGACAUGGUCGGAGCUGCGGGUGCAGGGCCUAGCCCAGUAUUCCAUAAAUUGCUGACGGCUGAAAAGCUUGCGGAGGCAAUCAAGUUUUGUAUGACGCCUGAUGCCGUGAAUGCUGCACAGGAUCUAGCAUCGAGAAUGAAGAUGGAUUCGGGCGUAGCCAGUGCCGUGCAGUCCUUCCACAACAAUUUACCAAACGAGAAACUUCGAUGCGAUCUCCUCCCCACUGAAUCUGCUUCGUGGACUUAUGAGACUCCCAAGGGACGCCUCAAGAUCUCAAGACUAGCAGCUGAGGUCCUUUCCGACCGGCUUAAGAUUUCUCCAAGGAAUCUACAACCGCACCACACCAACUCCAUAAUAAUCGAAACGCGUCGCUGGGACCCGGUGUCAGCAUCGACGUCCGCGGCUAUGACCAUGUCAGCAGACCUAGUACGCGACACUGUGAACAUUGUCAAGAUGCCAGUGCAGGCUUACCAGAAGUCACGUACCAAACUUGAUGCUGCCAGUACGGCUGCCGACAGCUCUCUUCCUGCGGAGAUCCAUCCACCGCACUCCACGAACAGAAGCUCGGUCGGGUCUUCAGGCGUACCCAUUCCCUACACAACAAAUUCAAGGAAUUGUAUGAGUGCCAUUGGUUUGGCAACAUCGGCGUCGAUCGGGGGAGUAAGCAAGCUGGUUGGGCAUUGCACUAGAGCAACAUAUGUUGAUGUACCCCUUGCCAUAACGGAAGGAUUACGUGCUGUUCCGAAGUUCUACGGAGGUGCUGUCCGGGAUUAUGGCCACGUGACAGACUGGAAGUCGGGGUUCUCUAAAGCAGGCAAGCAUAUGGUAUUUGGUAUUGCAGAUGGCUUAGUCGAUCUCUGCAUGGAACCAGUGGUAGGUGGUAGGAAGGAAGGCGGACUGGGUGUGAUGAAGGGAGUUGGGAAGGGCCUCGUCAGCAUUACGACCAAAGUUUCGUCAGCGGCUUUAGGUAUAGUUGCUUAUCCAGGCCAAGGGAUCUACCAGAGCAUUAGGACCACGGUCCACUCACAUACUCGGCAAGUCAUAGCGCAGGCUCGAAGGGAAGAGGGUGUGUAUCGGUCAAAGAAUUUGGUGGAUAGAAAAGCUAAGACCUCAGCUAUAUUGGCGGCAUUUGAGUCCUUUAGAUCUAAACCAUCCUAA